AUUUCAUUGACCAGCCAAGUACUCCUCUCCAUUUUAAUUUCAGAUCCAGACUGGGCGUCUCAUAGCCUAGGGAUUUUCAUCUGUUUGAACUGUUCGGGAAUCCAUCGCAAUAUUCCACAAGUCAGCAAGGUGAAGUCUGUCCGUCUGGAUGACUGGGAUGAUGCUCAAGUGGAGUUUAUGGCCUCAAAUGGGAACAACGUAGCAAAAGCAAAAUACGAAUCGAAAAUGCCACCGUUUUAUUACAAGCCAACAUUUCUUGACUGUCAACUGCUGCGGGAACAGUGGAUCAGAGCCAAAUACGAAAGGAAAGAAUUCAUUCACAGUGAGAAGCAGGAGCCUUAUUCUGCAGGGUACCGAGAAGGGUUUCUGUGGAAGAGAGGACGGGACAACGGGCAGUUCCUGAGCCGAAAGUUUGUGCUGUCAGAGAGGGAAGGUGCGCUGAAAUACUUCAACAAGAACGACGCAAAAGAACCCAAAGCAAUUAUGAAGAUUGAACAUUUAAAUGCAACUUUCCAGCCUGCAAAAAUCGGGAACCCGCACGGACUACAGAUCACGUACUUGAAGGACAAUAGCACAAGGAACAUCUUUGUCUAUCACGAAGAUGGCAAGGUGAGAGCAGGGGGUAGCAGAGCCUUGUGUGUGCUCCUGCAGGAUGGUGCUGCACGCAGCCAGACUGGGUCACACCUGUCUGUAACCCAGCUGUGACUUGUGGGGGGUGUG